CGCCGAGCGGCCGCGCGGCCCCGAUUCCUGACUGGGCGGCUGCUCGCGGCUUCCGAGCGCCAUGGCCUCCGCCGGGUUGGCGGCCGGGCGACCGGCCGAAGAUGCAAUACCGCCGCCGGCCGAGCCGCCGCUGGCCGAGCCGAAGCCGCCGCCGCCGCCCGUCGCUGCGCCCCAGCAGCCGGCGCCCCGGCCCCCGUCCCCGGCGGGCGCCAAGGAGGACAGCUACUCGUUCCUGCCCCUGGUUCACAACAUCAUCAAAUGCAUGGACAAGGACAGCCCGGACAUCCACCAUGACCUCAACGCCCUCAAGACCAAGUUCCAGGAGACGCGCAAGGUCAUCAGCACCAUGCCCGGCAUCCACCUGAGCCCUGAGCAGCAGCAGCAACAGCUGCACAGCCUCCGCGAGCAAGUCAGGACCAAGAACGAACUUCUGCAGAAGUACAAGAGCCUCUGCAUGUUCGAGAUCCCCAAGGAGUAGCCCGAGAAAGCACGGAAGAGCAAGUGGCCUGCGUGGUUCCUUGAGAAGUGUGGUUCUUUGGACCCCAGCUCUGAACUUUAUAGCCGACUAGGGUGGAGGCUGUUGUGCUUCCUCAGCUGAACUUGACAUUGACUGUGGCGGGGCGGCGGGGCUGGGGCUUCCUUCUCUAUGUCCGUGUGUCACGAUGCACAGUGGCUGGAGGGCCUGCUGGUGGGAAGAAGAUGCAAGAGGGAUGGGCCCACCCUGCCUCUGGGGAGGGGCCAUCUCCGCUUUGCCGCCGGCCUCCCUCCCCUCCCCCCGACAGGAGCAUUGUGUGCCAGGGACACAUCGCUCUGUUAGCAACAGGCUCUGAAGCCUUAGCACGAAGCUCACUGGGCAGGUGAGGCCGGCUCGUGCGGCGUGGGCUUCACGUGGUGAAGGAAGGCUGGGAGAAAGCAGUUUUGAGGACGUUUUCUCCUGAAAUGUUUCCUUUAUGUUUGAGCCAGUGAGUGUAACUGUCCGUGGGGGUCGGCCCCUGCUGGGUGGCCCCUUGUCCAGGUUCCCUGCCACCUCCGUGCUCUUUUCACUUUCAGCUCUUGCUCCCUGUGUCUCCUGUCACCUGCAGGCAUCUCGUUUAGCCAUUUAGUGCCCAAGAGUGGCCAGGCCACCAGACCUCCUGGGCUGGGGGAGUGUCACUUCUGCACAGGCACAGGUGGGCUUCCGGCCGGGCCACAGCCGCCUCCCAGCAUCUCAGGUCCCGAGGUCUUGGUGAAAAGUGUAUUUCUCUCUGGCCGCGCUAAAGAGCCAGCCACGAACACCACUGCUCUGCAGACAGGUUCAUGAUGUACUUUUUGCUCAGGAGGGCGGCUCUAGGUGACAGUUGUGACCGUCCCUGGCCAGGUACAGUUCCCUAAAGGGGGGCAGCCAAGUUCUGGUUCAUAAAAUGUUUACAAACACCCCUAA